AUGGUAGGAGACAUGUGUUUCCUCUACAAGGAUAUUCUUGUUAUAAAGCCUCCCAAGAAAUCCCCAAUGUUGUUAAGGACGGCGUUUUUUAUGUUUUCAAUGGUCAGCGUUGUUUCAAUCUUCUAUGUAUGUAUAAAGCAGAUAGGCACCGAAGCGAGGACUAUGUUUACGGACUUCAAAGUCAUUGGUAACCUUACUCAAAGUAGAGUUAAGCAAAUGAAUCCUAACAUACUACAUUAUCCUGAACCUUUAUCCUUUAGCAGGAAUGAGUGUGCUCCUAAUCCUGUCAUGUUUUUUGCAAUAUUGUCGAAUCAGAGAUCGGGCAGUGGGUGGUUUGAGACCCUUUUGAAUAGCCACGUUAAUGUGAGCUCGAACGGAGAGAUAUUUUCUAUUAGAGAGAGAAGGAAAAAUGCUUCUUCCAUUUUGAAGACUUUGGAUAGAGUAUAUAAUUUAGACUGGCUCAAUAGUGCUUCCAAGAACGAGUGUUCUGCAGCAGUUGGACUCAAGUGGAUGCUCAAUCAGGGAUUAAUGGAGCACCACAAGGACAUAGAAGAAUACUUCAAGCGUAGAAGCGUUUCUAUCAUAUUUCUUUUCAGGAGAAACUUACUACGCAGAAUGGUAUCUAUGCUAGCCAAUUCCUAUGAUAGUCACGCCAAGCUAUUGAAUGGAACACAUAAAUCUCAUGUACACUCUGCAGAAGAGGCUGAUAUUCUUUCAAAGUACAAGCCUAUCAUAAAUUCUACAUCAUUGGUGGACGACUUGAAGGACAUGGAGAUGAAAUCUGCAACGGCUUUACAAUACUACAAUAGCUCUCGGCAUAUGAUCCUUUACUACGAAGAUCUUAUGAGAAAUCACACUAAGCUAAACGACGUGCAAGACUUUUUAGGAUUGCCACGAAUGGAGUUAACGAGCCGUCAAGUUAAGAUACAUAAAGGACCAUUAUCAGAUCAUAUUCAGAACUGGGACGAUGUUAACAAUGCAUUGACAGGAACUGAAUAUGAGAGUUUCCUUGAAGCUGACUAUUAG